AUGAACCUCUUGUGGCUCUACCGCGGUUUCACGUUCGUGCUCGUGUCCAUCAUCUCGUUGGUCGUAAUCGCGUUCUGCGCGCACACGUCGACUAACCUCGACAAAAUCCUGGCGGCAUUCGAGCUCGAGGGCUCCUUCCCAUACACGAACCUGGGUAUCGCAGUGGGCGCGAUCACGAUUGUCUCCAAGGUUUUGCUUCUUGCCCUUGAUUUCUUCAUCGACAACACCUUCACGUCCUUCAUCAUCUUCGAGAUCUCAUGGUCUUCCAUCCUGUGGAUCCUGUGGAUUUCCGUAGGUGCGACGACACUAUCUGAGGGCAACACGAUCUUCAAGGGCCAUACCUGCGACGACUUCGACGUUGUGCUCCCGGCGGCGAAGAACAUCUGCGACGACAUUCACCCGAUCGCCAUCAUAGCCUUCGUCAAUGCCUUCCUGCUCUUCUUGUACACCGGCGUCCUCUUCUUCGCCGCCUUCACGACCUCGAGCUCGACGCCACCCUGGACCACCUCUCUGAAGAACCGCAACAAGUUCUAG